AUGAUUUCAACAACUUUAACGAGGCUACGGCCUAUGGUUUCGUCUAGAAGCCCAAAAAUUAUAGGAGUUUCUAGAAGAACAUAUGUGAACAAGCCACCAAGCCCAGUGUCUCAGUUCUAUCGCACGUUCACCCGACCUAUCGCAAAGACACUUCUCAUUGCUGUCUUUACGUACCAAUUGGCUUACUGGACUUGGGUAAAACUUGAAACAGAUGAGAUCCGUGCGGAGCGAGAAGCAACGAUAGAGAAACUUGAGACAACUAUCAAGGAUUAUGAUGCUGCAGCAAAGGCAAAUAAGGCUUGA